AUGUCAGAUACAGAAUCUCCAGCCAUUGACCAGGAGCAAUUGGACAAGAAUGCCAAGCUAGAAGCCGCGAAGAAGAAGUUUGAGGCGUUGAAGAAGAAGAGCAAGAAGAAGAAGAGCAAGGCCGAUAAGGAAGCGUCUGUUGAGGUAGAAGAAGCUGGACAGGCAAAGGAAGCCACGACUAGUGUUGAACCGGACGAAAAAGAGGAGGUGGAGUCUGAGCCAGUUUCUGAGGCUGCUACGCCGGUGGAAGCUGCAGAGACUGUCAUGGAAACCGAGGCGAAAGAGGAAAGUGAAGGCGAAUCCAGAGAAGUCAUACAAGAGACACAUAAGCCUGUGAAGGAGGCUGUUACAUGCGUGGCUGAGAGUGAAGUUACCGGUGGUGAGGAAGAAAAUGUCGCAGAAGUUGCUGAAACCGCUGCAGAAGCGACUGCGGAGAUUUCAGAGCCAAGUGUGAAGGAGGCCGAGACCAUUACUGAGAAAGCCCCCGAGCCAAUUGUGGAAAACGAUGCUGUUUCCAAGCCAGUUGAGGAGAUUAUCUCCCCUGAAGUGGAAGCAAUUUCUGAGUCUAUCGAAGAAAAGACAGAACCGGUCGUCAAUCCAGAACCGGUGGCCAUCAGAGACUCCGAGAAAGAAGCUGCGACAGGCAUCUCCCAAGCUAGGACCUCCGCGGAUAAGUACAAGCCGGAUGCCAAGGACCUCAGACUCCAAGAUCUAGAAGCUACAAUCAGCAAGUUGAAGCAGGAAAACUUGGAGUUGAAAUUGACCCAGCAGGAUCUCUUAGAAGAAAUCAGUGGCUUGAAACUGGACAUAGCCCGGUUGAAGGUUACCUCCUUGAAACGCGUGGACCUCCCCACCAACGAUGACUACACUGAUAACGAUAUUCUCUCGGGCAUGGCGUCCCCGGAGCCCCACCACGGGUUCAGUUCCCAUUCAGGAUUCUCUAGCUUUGCCCACGUGAGCGUUCCGGUCACCGAUUUUUCGGCUUUUAAAAACUUCCAGGUUGACAUGGCGGGUUGGAGAAGUGUGGGCACCGGUCCGAUUUUGGAAUUGUAG